AUAGUAGUGUUAAAAGCCAUGCUUUCAGUGUGUGUUUUAAAAGUCUGUUUGAAAGUGUGGUUCAAUUGAUCCCUUCAUUGCAAGUAUUUUCAGUGAUAAUUGUCUGCGAAUUACGAUUACCUCCGGAAGCGAUGCCGUCGAAGAAGAAGCCAGUGACGAGUCGACCGCCGAAGUCAUCGACCGCUAAGGACUCGCCGUAUGUCUCGUACGACCAACUGAUCCAAUGUGUCGAUGCGCUCAAGAAGUGGACCCAAUUGGGUGAUAACGAGCGCAAGAGUGGCGACAAAAAGCCACUGUUUGCCGACAUCGAGGACAGUGUCGUACGACUGCAGAUCAACCACAAGAAGACACUGUUAAACAAAUCGACGUAUAUUUACGGCAUCUCUUUGCCCAACCAUUGGCGCCACGAGUUGUCCGCCGAUUACGAGACGUGUCUUAUCGUCAAAGACCUCCAGAAGACGCCGUUGAGUGACAGGGAUUUGGAUCUAACCGAAACUAAGAACCAUUACCGGGAAGUGCUGUCCAAAGCGGGUGCGGAUCAGUUGGUGACAGAAGUGCUUCCGAUGCGAGAGUUGAGGAAUGAGUACAAGUUAUAUGAGGCGAAGGAACGGCUGUCCAAAGCCUAUCACGUGUUCCUCUGCGAGAGCCAACUCUUGCGCAACAAAUUUGAUUAUUUGCCCACAUUUUUGGGCAAAAGCUUUUGGAUCACCAAUCGCAAGGUGCCGUUGCCGGUGGACACGGCCUCCCCGUCCCUCAAACAGGACUUGGAGUCCCGGCUCAACCAAACGCAGCUGUAUUUGUCGGGAAACGGCGACUCAUCCGCCGUUACGAUCGGUAUUUGUCAAGAG